AUGCUGGACAGCAACUCCUUUGGUGCUCUGGACAUGGACCAGAAUGCUGAAGCUGGACCAAGCAGACGACGAAUGGACGGGGACGAAGUGGACGCCGAUUGGCUUCGACUUGUCAAGACGAAUCACGAUGUUUAUGUCAGAGUAUCAGACAAGGUUGAUGUUGGCAGUCUACCCCAGGAAUGCAACCUGAUGGCGAUCUCAAAUUUAUAUGAUUUGUUGAUUGUCGGGUCGAAUACAGAUAUACGGAUACAUCGUUUGUCAGAUGUACACAAACUGCUUGAAGAUACGCCUAAAGAUGCUUCCCCAACGUCGACUCCAGCUUAUACCGUGCCAUUACCUUCUCGACCCAUAUGGAUCAGACUUGCGAUGCGAGAGGAACGCCUGAUCGUGGGACUCGAAGGUAGAGGAGUGCAGAUGUUUCGGCUGUCGGACAUUGUUGGCGGCAAUACUACUCCAUAUCAUACUUUCAGCGAUGGCCUGCCAAAUCACCUCCUGGACAUUCUGCCCAACCCUGCCCCUUCCAAUGAAGAAUUGUCACAUCACGUCGCAUUCUUGUCCUCAAAUUCGCUAAUCUUUGGAAACCUCGAGACUUGUCGACAAGCUUCACCCAUAAAUGGCCCCUUCUCCGCUGCAAGCUGGUCCGCGAAAGGCAAGCAGAUCGUCGUUGGAACCUCAGAGGCCAGGCUGGUCCAGUACACUCCAGAUGGCACUCCAAAGGCCGAGAUUCCUCCGCCACCUGAACUAGAAGAAGGCUUUCAGGCGGUCUUCAUACAGUGGCUCGAGAACGACCUUUUCUUUGUUGGCUAUGCCAACCCCUCUGGACAACUGGAUGAUCCAUUGGACAUAUACAUCAUACAUCGGCAACGAUCCACUUUCUUCUUCACCAAAUUCUUCGAUCCGAACGAUGUGCUCGGCUUACAAGGCCGUUCAAGCUUAUAUCGCCAUUUUGCCAGUCUCAAAGCUUGGGGAAGUGACACGAAGCACUUGGCCUUUAUGAUCUCUGGUCUCGCCUCGGAGAUAGGAGUCAUGCGAGGUCGAGACUCCGAACAACCCUCUGAACCACCGCAGUGGGAAUUGUUGAUUUUGGAUGAAACCUCUCGAGGUGUUAUGCCUGCUGCUAAAGCCGGCCGAGACGAUACGUCUGUUCUCGGCUUGGCCCUGGAUUUGACCACGUCAAAACCGAUAAUCAGGGGCAUACAAGGUGGAAUCGAGCUGCCUGAAUUGCCGCCUCCGCCAAGGGUCAUCGCGUAUAGUCAAGAGGGCUUCAUUGUGUCAUUCAAUGUACAAUACGAAUCCGCUGGCUCUUAUCCCGGGAUGCUCAAGCCCUCGCAGCUCCCGAGUCAAACUCGUACAUCAGAGACGCCCGAUACCACGAUGGACACAGGUAUCGAUACACUUGAUGCACUUGCAGAAAACCCUGAACUCCCGGAAGCCUCAGGCCUGAGUGGGUUCGGUGCGUCCUCGUUCGGCUCGGCAUUUGGUUCCACAAGCCAGUCCGACGGGGUACCAACCGGCACCUCAGCUUCUGACCAGUCUACGAAAGCUUCCUCACCAUUCUCGCAGUUUGGAUCUUCAGCUUUCGGACAGACAACCACUCCGUCAGGUACGCCCGCCAAACCACCACCUGUCCAGGCUUUUGGUCAAUCUGGAUUCGGCGCUUUUGCAACAUCGACAACGCCGACGGGAUCAUCGUCUUCAACCUUCGGUCAGUCUGCCUUCGUCUCCGCGUCUUCGACGACACCUGCCAAAUCACCUGCAACGGCUUUUGGCCAACCGGCAUUCGGUCAGUCAGCUUUUGGCCAAUCAACCACUCCUUCGGGUACGCCGGCAAAGACAACCUCUUCCGCUUUUGGUCAAACUGCAUUAGCAGGCUCAUCUGAUGGAUCUGUGCGACCUACUUUUGGUCAAUCUACUUUUGGGCAAACAUCGUCUAAUGCCUCUCCGGCAUUUGGACCUAUCUCGUCCUCCUCUGCAUUUGGACAGUCUGCUUUUGGUCAAGCUCCGAAGCCUGCCUUUGGAUCGUCUCCAUUCUCCGCCUCUGCGCCUCACUCUGACUCGGUCCCGUCUGCUUUUGGGCAGACAACGAGCCCUUCGCCAAGCUCCUCUGCUUUUGGCCAGGCUGCUUUAUCGACAUCUGCAUUUGGGAAGUCUGCCUUUGGUCCUGUAGCCUCAACCUCAGCAUUUGGGCAAGCCUCCGGCCCAUCGUCCUCAUCGCCUUCAGCUUUCGGAUCCUCCUCAUUUGGCAAGCCAGCGACUACUCAGUCUCCUCAGACAGGCUCGUCGCCUGCUGCUUUCGGAUCGUCCUCAUUUGGUCAAUCCGCAUCCCUAGGCCCGAGCUCGACUUUUGGUCAAUCAACCUUUGGGCAAUCUGGCAAACCGAAUCCGUUUGGACAAUCGGCUUUCGGUCAGAGCUCUGGAUCCAGCGGUUCAGCAUUCGGAGCGAUACCGUCUUCGUCUAGCUCGCUGGGCUUUGGUGCAUUCAGCAAUUCGAAGUCUGGCACUGUUUUUGGUUUCGGAGCAAAGCCUUCUGACCACGCUGGCAGUUCCGGCGUCUCAAGCACUCCUCAGGCGUCACCUUUCGGGGGUGGUAGUAGUGCAAGUGCUUUUGGGUCGGCUGGCGCGUUCGGGUCUGGGCCUUCCCCAUUUACGACGCCUGCUCCUGCUGUCUUUGGUGGGCAUCAGGACCCAGGACAACCUACCAGGUCCGGGACAGUCACGAAAUCUGAGCCAACGCCUGAGCCUGAGCCAGUAGUCAAGUCUGACCCAUCGCCGCCACUCCCAGUCUCGCCUGUGCGCUCGCCGACGACCUCUUCCCUCAGCCCCAAACCUGAGCCGGUCGAGGAUGACUUCGGAUUCGGCGGGUUCGCUUCAGCUUUGUCGACCAAUACUUCUGUGCCGGGGCUGGCAGAUUCACCACCGUCUUCGCCAAAGGGACAGAGUGGAAAGCCUCCGGGCUUAGAAGAUGACGAUUCUCCUCCAGCGUCUCCACAGGAUACAACUGACCGUCCCGCUGUCCUUGCUUCGGCUGCUCCCACUUCUUCAUUCAUUAAGCCUGCCACGGCGUUCGCUGGUGCAACAUCGUCUGGUUUUGGCGCCUUCGGGGCUCAGACAAAGUCUACAGGGGCAGUGAAUGCCUUCAGCAGCUCAUCCUCUUCGGGUCCCGCCUCUGCUCCGCCCUCUGCUUUUGGCACCUCGUCCUUAGGCAAGCCAUCAGCGCCAUCUACUGGCUCAGCCUUCGGUCAGUCUGCAUUUGGAAAGCCCUCCGUGCCGUCCGCUGGCCCAGCCUUCGGCCAGUCUGCCUUCGGCAAACCAUCCAUGCCGACUGCGGUUGGACAACAAUCAGCCUCGACUCAGAGCGCAUUCGGGUCUCCCGCCGCGUCCGGCGCGAUCACGGGUGGUUUCGGAGCAUUCGCUAGCAAAUCCACUGAGAAAAAUGACGGCAAGCCUGUUUUCGGAGGCUUUGGCGGAUUCGCUUCUGCGGCCACAGGUGGAAAGUCUGCGUUUGCUGUGUCCGGAGGGACAGGCAGAUCGUCUUCGUCGAUCUUUGGUCCGUCGACAUCAGAGUCACCUGCCGUCAAGCUCAAGGAGGAGCGGAAAAAUCCAGAAUCGACAGAUACACCUUCGCUCAAAGCAGUCCCGGGGCCUUCAAGACUUGCUAGUGAUAGUGAGAGUGGAAGCGAAGCAUCUUCGGAUGAGGCAGCGACAUCUCCUCAGCAGGCAGCUGCAGGCGAACUGCCCGUGGGGACUUCUGAAGCCCUGCCCCGGGAGGAGGUGUCGACCAUCGAUGGAACGCUAUCGAACCGUGAGAAGUCAGAUGCUAUUGACGCAAAAUCUGACCAAGACGGGGUCGCCGGUGCACUGUCAGACGAAGACGCCGAUGAAGAAGGCUUCGACGAGGACGACUAUGACGAAGACGAGGUAGAUUACGAAGAUGAGGACGAGGACGAGGAGGAGUACGACGAAGAAGAAGAAGAAGAAGAAGAAGAAGAAGAAUAUGACGAAGAGGACGAGCCAGCCGAUGAAGAGGUCGAAGACGAUGAAGUAGCGCGCAACGGCGGGAGUGAGACCAGUGACGACGCUGCCGCGCAAGGAACCCAUCUUCGACGUCAUUCGAGUUCCGUCGAGCCCGAUUUGCCAUCCAUCGUGGAGGAAGAGGAGGGUCCAGAAGAAGAGGCGGAGGAGGAAUCUGCGACUCGCAAGAGUCCCAAAUCGCCGCCUCCCUGGUUCACGAAACCAUCCGCAGACGCCUCAUCUGCCAAUUCCCUAUUUUCACGUAUUGGCCCAACGCCUAACCAACCUUUGUUCGGAUCCAAUCAGAAGAAUCUUGGCAGCUUCGGCUUGAAGCACGCUGCCCGCACCAGCUCGCCGCUGGGGACAAACCCGCCUUCUGUGCCCUCUAUACAUGAGACCAGCACGCCACCAGAGUCGCCAGCAGCGGUGGCUGCUCCCAACAUUGUAGAUCAGCGGAAACCAGGAUCAGGAUUAGGUCUUGGUCGACCUGGUGCGCAACCAGUCGCCGCCGCCACGACAACUUCUGCACCGUUCUCUUUCGGUGACCUCGGUAAAUCCACAGCGACGAUCGCCACUCCCUUGCCUUCCGCUGCACCCCCGCCUGUUCCGAAGGAGUUCACAAUCUCCUCUCGAGUUCCUCACAAAAGGCCGACUCCGAGCAGGUCUACCGGUCAAAAAACCAUGUCUGCGGUCUUGGAGCGCAUGAUCCUGGAGAUGUCGGACGAUAUCGAUAGCGUCAAGGAUAUGUUGCAGAGCAACAAGGACUACCAUGCCAAAUUCGACAUCCCUGGCUUUGCAAAGCUAUCAUUGGCUAAUAUAUCAGAACACAAGGCGAUCCCUUUCACCUCAUUGAAAGAUAUGCCUGCCAUCGUCAGCGACAUUUCGGCUCAAUUAAGACACGGGACAGAGUCGAACCAAUUGGCAUCGGAAAAAAUGGCAGAAUUGCAAUCGCAGAUGCUCAAGAGCGACAUGAAAACCGGUCAGGUAGACAGAUAUCUCGAUGCUAGAAAGGAUCCCGACCUCGUUGCCAGAAAUAAAGCCGGUGAUCCAUCACCUGACCAAGCUGCGAUCACUCUAAAGCUCGAAAGCUCCAUUUCCGAGAUCGAAUCGCAGAUGAGAAGGUUAAGGAAGUCGCUGGAUAGGCUGCACGAUCGGCCCUCUACAGAGGAUCGUGCUAGGGCCAGGAAUGAAUCACUCGGAGAACUGCGACGAUCAUACCAAAAAGUCGAGCUUGCAAUCCGGGAUCAACUGGACAACGUCGAUGAUCUCGCGGAUAGGAUCGCGCAAAUCAAAUUCACGACGCCGCCUCGCUUCCACACGCCUGAGAAGGCGUCGCCUGGUCCAUUGGCUCGGCGGUCGCGCACCAGCAUGACUCCAUCACUACAUGUUCAGGAGUAUCACAUUCCCGAAGCGAUUAUGCGAGAAAUGAAACAGGACGAGAGGUCGAGAGCGGAGUGGAACGUCAUACUCGACAGGAUCAAGGAGGUUCCACUGAUCGAUAUGUACGAGCUGCAGGGACGAAGACGACCGAUUAAUAUGGAUGACUUACCUGAACCAGGAACAUAUGUGGCAGAAAUCAAAGCUGAACCGAGCGCGGCCACCUCUUCUGUGGAUCAUCCGCCGCCUGCAGCCCCCUCGUUCUCUGGCUUUGGCGGGAUCAGCUUCAGUUUGGACGCCGGAGUGCCCGCCUCAGUCGCCAGAUCAGGUCACAGUGGACGUGGUGGUGCCGGUGGAUCACGCCGCAGUCACGCGUCUGCGCCUAAGCUCCAUUCAAGCGGUACGGCCCCGACACUGGGGGACUCGAGCGCUUCGCUGUUUGGCUCGUUCAACCCACCACCAACUGAUCAGCCAAAAGGAAAAGAUGCGCCAUCAGGCUUUGUCAGCUUUAGCGGGUUUGGCAAGUAG